CCCAGCCUCCAUUUUGUCAGUAGAGACAGAAAGGGGUGGUUGGGUCGGCGGAUGCUUGGGUGAUCAGCAGGUAGUUCGUCAGUGCUCUUGGGCUUUGUUCGUUCCGUGCCUCGUCUCUCCCUGGAAGGGGAGGGAGACUCCAAGGUCGAAUAGGUUCCGCUGCUGUUGCAGUUCCGAGCUUGAAGUCGCUAGGACUUCUCUCAAACUUGUGUGCUGAGGAAACUCAGAUGUUGGCCUCAGCUCCUAGGCUGUCUUCAGCAGAUUGGCCCAUGAAAACUUCUGUAUUCAGACAAAGGAAAGGAUCUGUCAGAAAGCAACACCUAUUAUCCUGGGCUUGGCAGCAAGGAAGAGGACGGGUAGUGGAAAUCCUGCAAUCUGAAAAGCAGACUGAAAGGUGACAACCUGAAGAUGGGUGGUGGAGAGAGGUAUAACAUUCCAGUUUCCCAAUCUAGAAAUGUUAGUAAGAACCAACAACAGCUUAAUAGACAGAAGACCAAGGACCAGAAUUCCCAGAUGAAGAUUGUUCAUAAGAAAAAAGAAAGAGGACAUGGUUAUAACUCAGCAGCAGCUGCAUGGCAGGCCAUGCAAAAUGGGGGCAAGAACAAAGUACACUUUUCAAAUAAUCAAAAUUGGAACUCUAGUUUGUCAAGUUCCAGCUUACUUUUUAAGUCUCAAACUAGUCAGAACUAUGCUGGAGCCAAAUUUAGUGAGCCACCAUCACCAAGUGUUCUUCCUAAACCACCAAGCCACUGGGUUCCUGUUCCCUUUAAUCCUUCUGAUAAGGAAAUAAUGACAUUUCAGCUUAAAACGCUACUUAAAGUACAGGUAUAAAAUAAGAAAAUACUUAUGUUUAAAUUUAGGCAUCACAUUUAAAACUAGUUGUCAGUUGGUCUGAAACAAAUUCAUUAGGGAAUUACUCUGUAUAAAACUGCUAAUGUAGAAAAUAUGAUUAGACUUAAUCUCACUUGUUUUAUGUAUUGUGGGCACUAUGAGGUAAUGGUAGUAUCAGUGCUACUUAAAAUAACUAAGUUAUUAAUGAUUGAACUUAACUAUUCUUAAGUAACUCAGGUGAAACCAAGUUUAGAUUUGGAGGAUGACAAAACCUUUUUAAUACUUGUUGGGAGAAACUACUAAUUUAAAAUUAUCAUUCAUGGAUCAGUAGAUUUACUUGUUGAAAGCUAGUGAAUCAGGUUACAAACAUCUAGCUAAGACAGAGUGACUAAGAACUAGUUGAACAUUUGAGUUGAAUGUCCUAUGAACACCAGAACAAGAAUAUGUCAACAACCUGAUGCACUGCUAACAAAAAAUGUGAAUUUUCCUUAAUGAAUAGUUAAGUACAUUUUAAUAAGUUUUACAGUGGUUCAUGUGGAAAGGGCAUUAGGGACUUAUUAGAAUGAGGCACAGCACAUCCUGAUGGCCCUGUUACAUAUAGUGGAUAGGUAACUGCCAGUACAUGCUCCAAAACCAUUUUUAAUAGGAAUGGUAUUUAGUAGUCACUGAGUAGCUUUCAAAAUACACUUUUUUGUAUUCUAACACUGCACAAGCUAUUGACAGUGAUCUAGCCUGAAAUGAUCUCUGUAGAGGUUGGCAUUAAGUGAGGAAUUGUAUAAUGCGCAAGUUUUAUGUACCUAGGGGAGGAAAGAGCCAUGUAAAUACAUGUAUAAAGCUUGUAGCAUAUGUAAAAACUUGUUGGCCUUUAUCCUACAGAAAUAGAAUAUUUUAGUAUGAAUUUGCUGAAUGUAAGACCAUGGACUGUUUUUUUAUACUAUAGCCUAAUUUUAAAGGUUCAGAUUAAUUUUAAAGUUUGCCUUUGUGCUGAAGUGCCAGUGUAUGUAUGUUAUAAUUGGUAUGGUUGUGAACUAUUUUUCAAAGUAAAUCCUAGUGUAAGAAGUUUUAUAUUGUAAUUGAAGAGAUUUAAGCUGCUAAAACACUUCCUAUUUUUAAGAGUUGAAAUGCAGUAUAGGACUGUUCUUUUUUCCUUAAGCCCAAAGAUAAGUAUUAAAGGGUCCCUCCAACCUUAAAGAUUCAUUUUGACUCUCACCAAUUUUUGCAACCUUUGAUACUAGUAUAGUUUAUUGUAUGAUGCCAGUAUUUUAUUUUGUUGUUAAGUGCAACCUAGGACCACUUAUGCAAAAUAGUAACACAUUUAACCUAUCUUAAGGAUAAAUGUUAAACAAGUUAAUCCAAUAGUAAGUUUAAAAAGUGAGGGGGGCGGUUUAGGUUAAAAACUAUUGUUAAUGCCCUAAUUUCUAACUUUGCAGCUCUUCAAUAUUUGUAAGAACAGCUAAACUGUAUUUCUCCAAAUAAAUUCAGAUGACAUUAUCUUGCCCCAAGUCUAAUACUGAUCUCCUAAAGACAAGUUUACAUAGUACUUAAUAUACCUGUAAGAAUUUGAAGCAUGAAAUUACAAAUAAAAAUUUUUUUCUCCCCA